AUGUUUUACUGCUAUUGUAAUUUGUUAGACGUUAACUUUCCACUCCAAGUGACGUUAAUGGACGCUGAAUAUCUCCAAGAUUACGAGAAUCUCAACAGUGAACCUGCCCAAGAGUUAAUUAGCAAAUUUGUGGCUGAGGUAAUCAACAUGCUGCUGUGUUGCUCAUCAUUAGGGGAAAGUUUAAGUAAGAGCUUUUCAAGUUAAAGACGUAAUCAAUUUAUUACAUUCACUAGGCUAAGAAAAGAUUUCAAUCGUUGCCAUGGCAACGAAGGUGAUUAAAAAAAUCCUAAAAAUUGAAAUUUAGUACUUUUAGGCAAACGUUGAAUUUGCACAUUUCCUUUAAUAAGUAACCCUCACUGUUUUUUUAAAAGAAGUUAUCCAAAUUGUAACAAACAGUAGUUUUUAAGAAAAUAGCCUUCUUAAGAAAAUUGUGUCACAGAACUCCUUUGAUCAAAAUUUAUUUUGGCCUUCUAUUGCCUGGACUGCGACGUUAACAUAAUUCUAUUUUUUGGCAAUUUUUUUUUUGCCACUGAGUGGACUUAAAGAUAUUUUCGUAUGUUUACAUUACCUAUGGGGUGGUCUCACUAGCGACGGAGCCGGCGCCGGAGUCGGAUUCUUAAGCGGAGUCGUAAGAGCACUUAUGACCUAGUGAAAAUCAAAAAUCCUAGACGUAAUGGGAGUCAGAAGAAUCAGAACGUUUCCAUUUUCUUCCGACUCAGCUUACGACUCCGUUGCUUACGAUCUAGUGAGAACCAGAUUGUGGGAGUUGGAGGCAGAAGCGGAAGGAUAAACCAAUCACAAUGCACUUUCCCACGUUUUGUGAUUGGUUUAGUUCUUCUGCUUCUGCUUCUGCUUCUUGUGAGUUAAAAAACUGGUGCGUGACUCGUCUACAAGGAAACUUCAUAUAUCCACAUCAGAAGGGAAAACUUAGUUGACUGUCAGUAGUGUAUCAAGACAAAAGCGGAAUUCUAAAGGCGUGCGUUUUGAAAUUAAGGAAAAUUACAUUACUUUCAGGAAUGACACAAUUUGUUCAUUUAAACGAUUAUAUGUUGCUGGUAAAUUCAAAUCAUAGAAACUGCUUCUGUCAUGACACAACUAGAGGUUUUGACCAAUCACUUAUUUUAAAAAAAAGAGCGCUUUCGUCUAUUAUAUCUGUAAACUUGGACACAAAAUUUGGAACUAUUGGGGCGUUGCUGAAAAGCGCGACCCUGCAAUUACAAAAAAACCUCUAAACCUACAUCAUUCCUCAAUGUCUGCAAAAAGUUAAUAUCUAAAUCGCCUCCAAAACAUGAACGUUAUAUGGACGUUUGAAACUGUUCAUGAAUAGGUGUCUCUCUUCGACCUUUAAGGGGACUGGCAGUUUCAAACGUGCAUGAGAAACAAGGACUGAAAAUCAAACAUUUCUCCGACGUUUUUAAAGAUCUUCUGGAAACUGAAGUUGUUUUGAUCUGAUCUUUAACUGUUUUGUUUUGUUCCUUUUUUUCUACGAAUUACUAGCAACGAAGGGCCUUUAUCACUAAAAUAUUGAAAUUGUAUUCACUGUAUGAUUUACAAAGGCCGUACAAUUCUUGACUGAAUGUAUGUUACCAGGCAGAAGUAUGGUUAGCCUGUUUCUGCGUGUUUUGUUUGAUCCAUUUUAGUUGGACAAGCUGUAUGAUGAUGAUGCAAAAUACCACGGGACAGAGGUGACCAAACUAAGGUCUGUAAAACACUGGCUUGAACCUUGGUCCUUUUAAUCCACUCACUCGUGAACUCCUCAUUUCUUAUUCUUUUUUCUAUAUUUUUCACAGUAAAGGCAGUGUGAUAGUCUCUUUCGAGGUGCUCUUUAAAACUCCUGUCACCGCAAAUGAAGGGCUUGCUAAACUGAGAGACGCCGUGAAUAAUAAAAGACUUGGUAACUUCACAGUUGAAGCUUUAAACAUAAUCCAACCGGUUAAUCCUACGACAGCCGCAUCAACUGAGGGAUCAACAGGUACCGUAUGUAACUCGAGCCAGAAAGGUGAUCUCAGUUAAAAAUGACAUGCAUAUUAGAGAGCUUUGCAAUCACGACAUCGAUGGCAACAAGAACGUCAAGAAAGCAAUAGGUUUAACAAUAAUAAUAAAAAAACACAUCUACUCUGCAGGUGAAUAAAAAAAUUUAUUCACUUCUUUUCCAACACUCCAUGGCUACGUGAAAUUUCCUGACGCAAUUUUUUAUUGAGUACGUAGUAAAAUCAGAACGGAAUUUUCCUGUCUCAUUCAGAACUUGAAUUCUGAAUUCAAUUUCAGGAACGUCCUUCCUCAAUUUUAAUAAGAUGCCUAAGUUGGUAUAAACGGUAUUUACUUUAAAAGAAAGCAUACACACCUUAUCAAUGUCGUUUUAAUUGUCGUCACAGUUGUCGUUGUACGAUGUCCCUGGUAGUGUUAAGAUAAUGAACGUUUCUCUCGAGCUCUCAUUAGAAUAGAUUGGUCCGCGUAGAGAGAAAUUGACGAGGUCUGGGAGAGAGAACAAAUGAUAUCAUAAUUGCCAAUGUUUCCACUUACUGGUCGAUCAAAUUCUAGAGAAUAAAGCAUUGAAUAAAAAACAACGUCAACGUCAACGUCAACGUCGGUGACCAGGUCUUGCGAGAUAAAUCCCGACAUAGAUCCUUGAAAACAUGUAUUCUCUGAGAUGCAUGGGGCCUGUGACGUUAGCGCCCUGAAAUGCGAGGACUGUAAACUUUUUCAAAAGGCGCUUUUAAUUGUUUUAAAAGACAAAAGAUGUAUAAUUGAAUGCUGUUGAUACUUAAAACAGCAGAGACAAUGACCUUCCGCUCCAAUAUACACUAGUUGGUUUAGUUUUAGCUUUUCAUUCAUGGUUCUGUUCACAGAUACUGAACGCUGCCAGUGUAAUGAGGUCAUUUGGAAAGCAGUUACUGGAGUUCUCAUUUUCAUUAAUAUCCUUCUUGUAGUCGUGAUAAUUUGGCAGCAAAAGAGAGGUAAUGAAGAACUUUUUUUUUCACUCGCACCUUGUUUUGACGAUUGUGGAACUUUACUAUAGGCUGUCCGUUUUCUAUUAAUGCAGCAUCAACAAACCAUUUUAUGUGCCACAAAAUGUGACCCUCCACAGGACUUUAAUGCUAAAGGUGAAAGCACGCGCACGACACGCUUUCACUUUAAAACAAAAGAAUUUAUUUUAACACGCUUUAGCACGCUUGCAAUCUUGCCUCAUUAGCAAUUUCUUUUGUUUCAGAGGACACGCUUGAGACAAUUAAGCGUGAGCAAGUCGAACAAAAGAGCGUGUUAAAGUUUUCAAACAAAAGCUCCGGGCGAAAAAGCACAACACGCUUUCAGUGUGCGCAAAAGCACGCAAGGCGUGUUAUCUAUAAGCUAAAUAAAUUUCCUCUACAAAAAGGAACCGUAAAUGAUUAUGAACGGCGCCCUUUUUUGGUAACUAUCGAGAAAGAAAAAGUUAUACCUUGGCGAUCGCAGCGAUAGUAUCUGAUUGAAAAAACGUUGUCGCUUGAAAAGUAUAAACCGUGAACGGUGUGACCUACUGGAUUUAUGGGUAGAACUAUAUUAGCAUUACAAAAUCAAAGUUCUUUCCAGAAAUUUUUGCUGACGAAGCUGUGCAAAGGUUAUCUUAACUUUCCUUAAUUUAAAACACAUUUGCAAUUUUCUCAGAAACAGUGAUCUUUCGGACUUAAGACACUUUCUUGCCGAUCGCAGCAAUCGCGAUCAAAUACAAUAGAAAUCAUCAAGUGCCAGGAUCACUAAAUUCUAUUUAUUUUUUAGCGAUUGCAAGGAUCGUAGUGAUCAAAUAAAAACCAGCCUGCUUUUCUAGAUGUACUAAAAUUCCAAAACGUUUCCAACGUUGCUUAAUUGAUCCGGCCGACAAUAACACAAAAAGCGAAACAUCAGUUAAUUAAUGGCUGUUUCACCGCUUUUUGAAUAGUAAGCAAAAAAUGUUUUUUUUUUAAACAGAAUUCCGAAAUUGUAUGGUGCUUUUUUGUUUGAUUCUUUGUUUUUGCCACGAUAAUACGGCGUGUUUAGAGUACUAAAGCUCGAUCCGAGAAUUAAAUCUCUGUCAGUCACACACUGAGAAAAGAGAAAAAGAACUAAAUUAAAAGUAGUCCGCGUGAAAUUCUUGAAGGCAAUCAUUUGUUCCAUAAAGUUCGGUCAUUGAAUUAAUUCAUCGAGCUCGAUCUAAAGGGGUGACGGUCAAGCUACUCGAAAGUGAUGUCGUUUGAAGUUAUGUCGUCCAAAACCUGAUAAUAUGAGUUUUGUCGCCCAAAAUUCAAAGAAAAGUCGCCCGCAAUCCUCCCUCAUUCUACAAUGUUUUUAGUUUACAGAUUCUUGUUUUUUUCGUCCGGUGAAGAACCAGAUAUAAUACACGUUUACAGCGCUUGAUUCGUCUUAGCAUAGCGUAACGAGAUAUCUUUACAUAAAUUAUGAUUGAUAGCGCUUCGUUCGUCAGGGGCACCUGACGGCGAUUUCCUCCUAAAUGCAUCCUAGCAUCCUAGGACAACUUCAGUCUUUUCGAAAUUACAAGGGCUUCAGCAUUAUUUUCCCGAAAAGUUUAGCUUCCAAUUGAAAGUUUUAGGAAAGUGAGAAUUUUAUCGUAUUUUCGGUUCCGAAAAUUUCAGGAUUCCUUAAUUCUCUACGAAAAAUAGCUUAACUGGGGAAUGAAAUGGAAAAAGUUAAACUUCAGAAAAUCGUAAGGAAUUUAUUAGAUAACCUUCGAAAAUUGUACAUGCAUGGAACGGUCAUCUAGAAAUGUUUAGCCUUCCUCAACCUAUAGAAAAUUCUAGGCAGUUUUUGUUUCUCCGAUUUAAUUACCUUCGUUCGUCUCAGCAUGGAAAUAUACGAAACUAAUUUAUUCAACUUCAUUUCUCUGUGCAUUACUGCUAAUAAAUAUUCCGGUGGCAUAACUAUAAUUUUCAGGCGACAUAACUUCAGGCCUCUUUGCGAUUCCGGUCAACAGCCGACAGCCGGAGGAAUUGGUUUACACUGAUCUCGCGUUAAUUCCAGGCUAGACCACCAUUAAGUCGUGAUUUUCAAAUGGCCACGGUUACUAUCAAAUUCCAAAACAGUCUCAAUUGGUAUAUUUGAUUCACUUUGACCAGUUAUCAAUGCUGAUUAAAUCCGCUGAAAACCCAAGCCAUUUUUAUCAUCUUAGCGGUUUUAGUAAUCAAGCGUGUUCAGCGUGUCUUACCCAAAUUGCACGCUAACCGUGCUAUAAUUCGCACACUUACCGUGACAUAUGGCACGCUACAAAAAAACAAAAGGUCUAGCGUGUUAAAUUUGCCAAAACAAAGGCAAUUGUGUCCGUCUUUGUUUUUGCAAUUUAAUAUGCGCAUAUCCGUGAUCUACGGCACGCUAAGCGUGUUGUGCAAGCGUGUCGUGCGCGUGCUUUCACCUUUAGCAUCAAAUUCCUGUGGAGGGUCACAAAUGAUCUCAAAAAUAAACUUAUUAAGGGGAAAGACUGAUCAGAAUGGUAGAUAGCAAACGAUCCAGGUAAUGCCUUUUCUAACAUCUAGGGCACACAAGACAGUAAGUAAGAAAAUAAAUAGACCAAAUAAAUUAAUUAAUUUAUUGAUAGAAUAUUAAAACGUUUUUGUCCUCUUUGAUAGGAUCGAGAGGACAGAAAAGGUAUGAAUGUUGUUUUUUUUUUGUUUUACAUGUAAAGUUUAAGCAGGUGCAGUUGUUUUCGUGUCCCGGUUCUUGACUAAGCACGACUAAUCCAAGCACGACUAAGCACUAGCACUAAGCACUAGCACGACUAAUCCAAGAUAAAAAUUUUGUUCAACUUUUUGUAUUUACCUUGGUAUUCAUUGCGUAGAGUAACAUUUUGUGUUAUCAUGACUGUGUCUCAGAGUAAAGGCACCGCAGUAAUUUGUUAGCUUUUCAUUUAAGUUACAUGUUCUUAGAAAAAAAUAACAGUGCCUAAAAUUUGGCUUAAUCUUGGAUAAAACUUUCGAGCAACCGGGCCUUGGAGUCUUUUAAGCGUCUAAGUUAAAUGUGCUAGAACAACAAAAUGGUUUAGUGUUUUAGUUUUUAGCCAAAAUCCCUCAGCAUAGCUAGCUAGGCGGACCAUUACAUUAAUUAUUCACAACAAAAAGUUGUGACCUGUUCUUUCGGAAAACAACGAACAAGAAACUAGAACUAAAAGGAAGUUCAUCUUCGUGUCAGUGUCAUAUACACUUAAAGAGUAAGAGCAGUUGCAUAGAAAAUGACCUACGAAUUGUCUCAGCCAUAUUAUUCAUUUUGAAUUAAUUACUCUUGAAUUAGAAGAUCGAUCAAAUAGUAGUGAGUAAAUGUUUAUCUGUUUUAUGUUAGUUUUCCUUCUUCAUUUCGUAUUUUCAGACCAUAUGCGUUGCCACGCGACGAUACAGAGGCUUAUGACGUAAGUAGUUUAUUUUUUAAUCUGUUUUGUCGUCCAGUCAAAUAAUUAUAAGAGGAAAUUGAAGUUCGAGUUACGUUUCGUGUAUUGUAUUGCCAUAGGGGAUUGUUGUAAAUAAAAACAACAAGUUACCUAGCAUCAAAAACAUGUCAAAAAGUAAUUGACAGGCGCGUAAUAUUCUUCAUUUGUCCUUGGAUUCGACUUGUAUUAGAACAAUGAUUGAUGAUACUGUUUUACUACUCUCAGAAUGAGAUAGCAAUGCAUGAGGUUCAACCAUCUCAUUCUCGUCAAAGUAAGACUGAAUACAUGGACCUAAAAGAGGUAACUGCAUUUGAAAGCAAGCGAAAAGAGGAGGUGACACUCGGUACCCCACAGGUGGAACGUCCAUCCCUAGGAACUGAUUAUGCGCCUCUUCAUCCGUCAACACGCUCUUGGGAAAUUCCACGAAACAGUAUCACCAUAGAAAAGGUUAUCGGUAAAGGUGCCUUUGGCCAGGUUGCCAAAGGAACCGCGAUAGAUCUUUGGGGGAGUCCAGGGAACACUCCAGUUGCUGUUAAAAUGCUUAAAGGUAAUCCACACCUAGCUUUUGUAGCUGAAUAAAAUUAAUGCUAAUAAUAAAUGUGUGUUUGUAUCACGAUUCAUGUGUAGGUAAAAAUUCUAACGUUUUUAAAUAAGGCAUUAAUUAGUAGCGAGAGACAAUAAGUAACAAAGGAAAAUUAUAAAAGUUGGGACAUUAUUAAAAAACUUAUGAAAUAUGGGGCAGUAGUCAUCUCAAUGAAUGGCAACGCUUGUAUCUCUUAUAUUUUUUCGUUUAUUUUUAGCUUCUGCUUCUGAGUCCGACAGAAGCGAUCUGUUAUCUGAACUCGAAGUAAUGAAGACGCUGAAACCUCAUCCACACGUCAUACGACUACUGGGAUGUGUUACUGAAACUGGUAAAACAUAUGAUUAAUGAUGAACGUAUUUGAACGUACAUCUCAAGACAUCUCAAGUUAACAGUUAAUGUAAAACUAUUUCAACAAUAAGUUUCAGUUUCUAAAUUAUUGCUGGUAUUACAGAAAACCCCAUAUAGUGUAAAAGUUACUUGACUUAUUUUCUAGAGCCGUUAUUGGUUUUGAUCGAGUAUUUCCCGUAUGGAGAUCUCUUGGGCUACCUGAGAAAGAGCCGAGGACUCAAUGACACUUAUUUCAAAGACCCGGAUAUCAGGCCUCGAACAAAUCUGACCUCAGAGCAACUGAUGAAGUUUGCUUGGCAAAUUGCUGAUGGAAUGAGUUACUUGUCAUCAAGAUCUGUAAGUCAAAGGAUCUGAGUGCGUUUAGAUAUGAAUUGUGGAAGACUAGGAGAUACUAUGAAAAACUUCAUCGACAUUGAGUUAUUAAGAUUCCUGUACAAAAUAAGCAGUAAGCCAUGCCAACUAUACUAAUUGAAACAUAGGCGCGUGUAUUCAUUUAAUAAAUGAAUUAAUUAAUUACUGAGGAAUUAAUAUGCCAGUGGUUGAGAAGAUGGGUCCAAAUGGGUGAAUUUUGCCCUGAAUUCAAUUAGAUGCCGCUGGUACCAAUUUCAUUGAUUGGUUAACUAUUUCUUACAGAUCAUUCACCGAGAUCUAGCAGCUCGCAACGUGUUGGUUGGGAAAAGAGAAACAUGCAAAGUGACUGACUUUGGAAUGGCCAGGAAUGUCCAACAGGAAAACAUUUAUGAAAGAAAGACAAGGGUAUCUGAGUUAGGAACUAAUAAGAAUAACUAAUUCUAAGAUAAAGGGAAUCUAAAAACAAGGUUUUACAUUGUAUUAUACAUCUUCCAUGUCUCACAUCAGCGCAGUCACACAGAUUUCUGGCAUUUUGAACUACCCUUGCAUUCUAAAACCUACUUUGUCAUACUUGUUUUGCCUAAUAAUUAGUACUGUAACCAUUCUAUUUAAAGCACUUCCCUACGAAAGUAGGUUGCCUUCUAGAUAAGGCGCCUGAAACUUUUAUUUUACUUAAAAAAGUGAAUCUCAAAAAUAAUUUUAAAGAUGUCUUUUUUACUCGUUUUGCGUCUCAUUGUUUACCGUCAGGGACGUCUGCCAGUCAAGUGGACUGCAUAUGAAGCGUUGAUGUUUAACACUUAUACCACCAAGAGUGACGUGUGAGUUAAUAGAAUAGAAAUUGUCUGGAAAUACAGUUUAUGAUGUUGAAUAUUAUUUAGUAGUUCUUGCUUUGUUUAUUUUACAAAUCAACGCUUCCACUUUAUUUGCAGUUGGAGCUAUGGCGUUGUUCUUUACGAGAUUUUUACUGUAGGUAAGUUGUUGUUUUUUUCUUGAUUAACGAUAAUGGCCUUCAUCGUGGAAGUUUCUCUCUCAAUAGGUUCAGUAGACGUAGUUUGUUUGAAUUCCUAUAUUUUCAGGUGGUUCUCCUUAUCCGCGAAUGGAUGGCAAGAAAAUUGCUGGCCUACUUCAACAAGGAUACCGGAUGCCAAAGCCACAGCACGUGGAUGACAAAUUGUAAUAGUAUCUAUUUUACUUAAUCACAGUUUGUAAUUGUAUCCUAUUUGUAGUUGUGUUAUAUUUUAGUAGUAAUAAUAGAUAUUACCAAAGGUCAUGAUCAGUUGUGAGAUUAAAAGGGUCUUUGACCUCUUAAAACAGAAAAUUUGGGAGAAAAGACAAGUCGAGAUGAGACGAUUUUAUUCUCUGCUCUCAGGUAUCAAAUCAUGACGAACUGUUGGCAAAAUGAGCCAAAAGCGAGACCAUCAUUCACCGCUUUGACCAAACAGUUAAGGGACAUGGAAAACCAGCAUAAGGUGGGUUUGUGAGUACCUCGUGACAAAAAAAAGUAUUUCAGCGACAUCAGCAAUGACAACAAUUUCUCGGCUAUAAGGCUUACCAUUUCCUCUAAGGUACACUAUAACUAGGGUAGAGUUUUGUUAGCCAAGGGGUUCUAUUUUUUUUCUUCGAUUUCUCAUUUACAGUCUAUAUAUGUCCUGAUUAAAUUUAUUCUUAGUUUAAAUGUCAUGUCCUUUUGUUUUUGGGUAUUCCUACGAAUGGUUAUGAAACAAAAGGAAAAAAAAACAUGACAAAUACAUCAUUCAUAUUUUUCCAGCUACGUACCUUUAUACUUUCCAAAACUGGAAAUUUAAUGCCUUACAAUAUACGUCCAGAAACGUUUUCCAUUGUAAUAUUUUUGGUUCUCCUUUAUCUUUUCCCAUGCCUUUGGCCAUUUCCCAUUUUUUUUUUUUAACUCACAUAUAUCGGCUUAAGCAAGGGCCUUUUUGAGCAACGCGCCUCAACCGGAGGUGUACUACUUGUUGUAUGGUGAAAUACCUUUGUGAUCUGAAGGAUUGAUUUGAUUAAUUAGUCUGGUGAAUUCUUUGAUUUUCCUUUAGAAGUGACCAAAGAAUUCUGAUGAUACUAAGCUGCAUGGUGAUAUAAAGAAUAGUACUAUUAACGAGCCUAUAGCCUUUUUAAGCAAAAGGGGAUCCCGUUAUAAUAUAUAAAGACCAUACAUGGUACGUGCAUGGAAAAUGGUCACCUGUUUUGGUUAACAGGGUUCAAGGUAGAAAAUUUAAUUGAAUGUUAUUUUAUCCACAGAAGCUGAUCAACAUGCACAUUUAUGACAAUCAGUUGUACGCAAAAGUCGAGGACUUGAACGUCUGAAUUCGAUACCGAAUGAUCGUUUACUUGGCUCGUAAAGUUUUGAGGAAGUGGAAGAAUACUUCCCAAGUUUUCUGCUUAAUAUAUGUAUUGACAUAUGUGUUGUCUGUUUGUAAAUUUAAGUCUUUCUUUCUCUAAAGGCUGCAUGUAAACCUCUAACGAUUUGUGGUAGAUUAAUACUCUCAUGUUACGGAUAUUUUCGGCCAUUGCUGUACAAGGGGUGGUAGUUUACGUAGUAAAACUCAGUUACUAGAUGUUUCUGGCUACAAGGUAUUUAAAAAAAUUCGGGAAACAUGAAUAGCCUGAUAUAAGCUGUUCAUGUACAUUAUAAGAUAUGACGUCAAUGGAAAUAACCGCCAUCUUAGUUGCCUUAAUAGCGUACUGUUAACUGAUAUCGCUACUCCUUUAUACGUUACAAAAUACAUUUUAUUCAAAAACUGUAAAAAAAAGCCUUGCAUUUGUGCUUACGUGGCUCGAUCCUAUGAUGUCCUGGUCCAAACGUCACAGAGUCUUUAAAGACAUGCAGAAGCGACCAUAUAUUGUAGAAUAAUUGGCAACGCCGCUUUAGAUUGGCUCAAAUAUCUCCGGAAGUCAAUUGCAGAGGUAUUAAAGGAACAAGGAACAGCAGAAGGCGCAGUAGUUCAGCUGUUUUGGCAGAGAAAAGCCGUGGAAGAGGCAAAUUAGAUUUGGCCCUCGUACGAUAUUAACUGAAGAAAUAUGCGGAUGUAGCAGGCUACUUUACGCCGACGCUGAACUCUCCCUCCUUGAUCUGCAUGAAUCUUCUUAUCAUACGUUGCCACAUCCAAGUAUUACUAAGUAUUUUAUCGGUAAAUUUAACGUCUACUGAUAAUUUCAGUGAAUGUUUAGUUAAAGAAGCCUAUCUUCGUUUUGUGAAGAAAGGGAGAUCGUGUAACUUUUAGUCUAGAAUGCGUGUUAGUUAUUUUCUUUAAAAAGUAAGUCGAAUAGCACAUUAUGUUGUUAUCAAUACGAGUCUUGUUGUUUUUUCCUUCUUGUUCAUUUUUUAUGCAACCAUUGAAAUAAAAAAGUGAGU